AUGGGGACCAUCAACAGAAAGAUCUCCCGUUUCGACAUCACUGCCGUCUACACCCACCCAAGUGCCAAGGUAGACAUUGUCUUGGUUCAUGGUCUCAAUGGCGACCCUCAGAGGACUUGGACGGCCAAGAGUCCGAAUGGGAACGGGGCAUUCUGGCCGGUCGACCUCCUUCCCAAGUCUCUGGAGGCCGAGAAUGCGCAUGCAAACGUCCUGGUGUAUGGGUACAACGCCGAUGUCUCAUCCAAGAAGCACGGCACCGGCCCCAGCAGCAACUACAUUCAUCAGCAUGCGCAGACCCUGGUCACCUUUCUCACCACCUAUCGGAAGAGUAAGAAGACGACACGAAACCCCAUUAUCUGGGUGGCCCACAGCCUUGGAGGUAUCCUUGUGAAGCGAGCCCUGGAGCACUCAGACAGCGUGCGUGUCGCCGACCACGAGGACUACCGCUCUAUCUACGUUUCUACAUACGGCAUCAUCUUCCUGGGCACACCGCAUGAUGGCUCUGAACUCGCCUCCUGGGGGUCAGCCCUGCAAGGCAUGGCCGGCCACGUCCCCAGGAAGUUUUUCGAUAGCGAGCCCGUCCUGAUCGAGACCCUGAGGAAAGACAACGAGACCCUGGAUAACAUCAACAUCAACUUCCUGAACAUCUAUCAGAGAUUCAAGAUCCACAUGGUUCACGAGAACCAGAAGACCGACCUGAAGGGGACCAAGUCACUGAUUGUGGACGCCAAAUCGGCAGCGCCUCGCUUGCCAGGUGUCACGUCAUAUGGCGUGGAAGCAGAUCACUCAACCAUGUGCAAAUUCGCCGGGUUUGAUGCGCCCGGAUAUCGAACAAUAUCCACGGCCAUCGCUGAAUGGGUCCAGACAGCGCCUGAUGUCACAAAUGUUCGCUGGAGUGUUGAGGACGACGCUCGUCGUGUUCGAGCACAACUAGAGAUGAAUGAACGAGCAAGACCAUUUCUUCCACAACCCGAAGGCUCCUCACAAGUGGCUGAUCAACAAAAUGAGACUACUUCAAACCUCCCAGCUCCACAAGAGCAAAGCGCUCCGCCGUCUCCGUUGCCUCUGUUGAUCCAGCCAGGACAGCCUGAGCAAGGUGCCCCAAGCUUGUUGAAGCAUAAUGCUCCGCCAGAGGCCCUUUUCAUACACCCAGAGGCUUUCCGCCCCAACUCAUACUUCGUCGGCAGGAAAGAGGAGCUCGAUGAGCUCCACAGCAUGCUUCAAGACAAGAGGCGGAGGUCAGAAGGAACCUCUACGGUGCUGAUCUCUUGUCUCCCAGGAGGUGGCAAAACACACAUGGCCAGGCAGUACGUCUUCGCUCACAAGAACGACUACCCAGGAGGGAUCUUCUGGCUGCGUGCUACGUCGGCUCAGGAGCUCGAGGGCGAGUUCUGGCGCGUCGCAAGGACCGCCGCCCUCAAGGAUCUCAUGGACAAGAAGGACUACGACGAGCUGAAAGACGACACCAAGAUAGUAGAUAUCGUCCGGGAAUGGUUCAGCGGGUUCGCAGAAUGGCUCAUGAUCCUGGAUGGGAUCAUGUUCGACUCGCCAGGCAUAGAACGGUUCGUCCCUGACGUGGUCAACUCGAGCAUAAUAUUGACCUCCACAGACCCAGCAGCCACUGGAAACCACCAUUUCAAUAACCCCCAACUCCUGCCAUUGCCACUCCUCCCGGCACACGAGGCCCAAGAGUUGUUGCUCUUGGAGACAGAAAAAAGGAAGCCGUGGAGCCAAGAAGACCUCAGUCAGGCAACAGAACUGGUUCAGAUCCUAGGACGGCUCCCAUUGAUGAUCCACUUCGUCUCUCAGCAAAUAAAAGCCAACCGGGAGCCCCUGGCGACCUUUCUCAAGAGGUACCGCAAUCGGCCCAAAGUUGGAAAAGUCCCAGCCUACGAGUACGUGCUGGAGCAGCUGCAAUUUAGAGGAGCUACUGCAGCCCUGAACGUCAUGUCCAUCCUGGUCUUCUUUGAUCAAAACAUGCCUGUGGAGAUGAUGGCUCUAGGUCUUCAUGCCCUGGGCAAAGAGAUACCUUACAAGACACGCGACGCCUCAACACAUGGCAAAGGGACUCUGAGCAAUACAUUGAGAGUGUUGAUAGCCUUCGCGUUGGUCGAGAGGACGGAGACACAAGAUGUGUCACCGACAAGCUCGAGAAGUUCUAGACAGAGCUUUCCUCUUUAUUCGGAAAGUUUAGACACGUUGCGCAUCCACAGUGUCAUCCAGCGAUACUUUAUCGAGCACCUCGCUGCAAAGAAUCAGCAUGUGUAUUGGCUCGAGCGAUCUGUUGCGGUGUUUUCAAAGUCCUACGAAGAGGCAGACCGGCGCAUAUCAGAGCAGCCCAAGGUCGGCCUUCCGGACGACUACAGGAGAUUCUAUAUCCACGGGAAGAAACUCGUCGAGCAUAUCAAGCGGUACGAGCGGAGGCAUUCAGAAAUGCAGUCGCUCAGGAAGGAGCUCGAGGCGAAAUUAGAAGAGAUCCACGGCAAGGUCCAUGGGCUUUCGAGCAAGAUACAAGCUAUGAUCGUUGAUAAAUCCGAUGAGAUAGCACAAACGUCCAUCUUCGACAGGACUAACAGCCUGUCAGAGUCGGACUCAGCCACGUCAAGCUCCCAGAGCCAGAGCCAGCAGGACACUUGGGCACAAAUCGAUGAAGACGACCCUCGCUUGUACCAAUCCCCUGCCGCGUUUGCGCCUGACCGGCAGUACGAUGCGUACGGACUGCCGUUCCCAUACCCAGACGGGAGCACCAUCCCGGCUGUGCCAUUUCAAUACGAGGAUGAACACGAGCGAACACCACAGAUCACUCCAAAGGUCGGCCAGGUCUCGCCAGACCCUGACCAAAACGGGUGGACGACAGUCGUCCCACACCACGACCAACAAAGGCCCAGGACUGAUCAUCUGAUCAACCAGAAAGGACAUCACAAAAGUGACUCGGAGAUCGGAAUCAGCCAUGACAUCGCCAGAUCACCAUUCUUUCACACGUCAUCACCACGCGGCGGCUCUAGGUCAUCUAGUAGAGGCCGCUUGAGCGCCCACAGUGAGGCUGAGCUGGCCCUCCAGAAGAUGCGCAAGGUGUCGCCGCCGAACCCUCGUGGCGGAAGAGCCGUCCAGGACAAGGGGAGGAGCUUGAGCUCCAGCACGGCGACCAGGCCACGGGAUAUCAUGAGCCGGGGGGAGUACAACUACGCAAGGGUUGCAUCCGGCCUCACGCCCACAGACAAGUCACCACCAGCGGAGUUCUACCGUGCCACUGGCGGUGAACCUCUGUCAGCCUCGUCGUGGACUGCUGAGACGGUCAAAAGAUUCAAGGAGAGCCUCAACCCGGCCGGCAGGAAAUCAUCCACGGGGAGUUCAAACAGCAAGACAGCGGCGACUUCUGGCAGCUUCCGUACAUCGCCUGGAUUAGAGGAAGCAGCAACAAUGCCACCGUUCCCACAGGUAACAGGCACGCGGACUGCUAGGUCCAGUCCCGGCGGCGUUAACCCCUUCUACCCCCCCGGGUUCCCCGUCGAGCAGAUCAUCGCUGAUGCGCGCCGUAACAACCCCCCGAACCUCCACCAGUGGAACACCAGCUCUUAUACACCCGGCCUGGGCCGGCUUGAGGUCUCGAACCCUCCACGUUCGCAGCAGCAGGGACUCGACCAGGACGCCAACGCAGUGCCGUACCCCUUCCCGCCGAAUGUCUGGCUCCCGGCCCCUGAGGCGGUCUCAGCGCCCAUGUCGAGGAACUCAAGCCAGCAGUCAAGCAGCCAGUCAUCAGCCGGCAGGCGCCGUGGGGGGAAUCUCGCACUCGUGACAAGUUCUACCGCGCUCAGAGGCCGAAGGCACUCGAGCCCCCUGUCCAGCCCCAUAAGGUCAGCACUGCCGCCAGGCUCCCUGUUCCCGGCGCGGGCCCACAGCAGACCGCCGUCGGUGGUCACGGAACCAAGCCCCCGCCUUCGCCCGAGGCACGAGGUGCCCGAGCUUCCUGCCGGCCAGACCCGGGCCUACCUCCCCGAGCCCCUGCCUAUGCCACGGCCUGGGGCAGGGUCUAACACGCCCGGCGCCCCAGUGCGUCCUAGGUGGUACAAGCGGGCCUCCGGGCGGCUGCGCGGGCGGGCGCAGUCACAAAGCCCCAGCGCGGGCCUCCGGGUGUCGGGCGGCGCCAGCGUGCACAGUGCCGGCAGUCCGGAUCCUGGAUCCGCGGUCCAUGCAGGAGGCGAGGCCAUGGCCCGCUCGGGGUCUGGCGGGAUCGUUGUAGGGGAUGGGAGGAUCAUCGGUUUUGGGGAACUGCCUGUCAGUGCGGACCAUGCCAACGAGGCCGUGAGGGCGCCGCCCAUGAGCAGGAGCAGCUCUGGCGGUGUCGGUUUGGGCAUCAUGCAUGAGACAGAGUGA